CCGCGGGGCCGCCCGCCCGCCCGGCCGCGCCGUCCGCGGGUGCACGGCCGGGCGCCUCUCCACUCCCCGACACCUGGGGCUUCCGCCUCUCCAGCCUCCCUCGGCCGAAUUGCCGGGGAGCCCGGCGUCAGGGGGCGCCGAGGAGCCGGGGGGAAACUGUAAGGCGCUGGCGGGAGCCUCCAGGCGGUGCUACCCCAACCUCCCACCUCCCCGCGCCCCGCCCCGAGGCUGGGGCUUUGGAGGAUGCAGCCGGGAAAAACAUUAACUUUUAGGCUACGUCGAGAAUAGCAUCAUCUACAUGGGCAUUCCCUCCUCCUACAGUUUCAGAAAACCUUUGGUGACUAACUGAGAAAAUGCAGAAGAUCUUGCAGACAGAUGAAAUUACUGAUACCCAAGCUCUUAGAAAAGGGAAGAGGAAAAGGACGGAGACAAUGGACUCAGAGAACGCAAAUUGUGACAUGGAUAAAGGACAGAGAGACCCGUAUUCUGGAAAUGCCUUUCUGCCAGGUGAGAGCUCCAGUGACGAUGAAGAGCCUUUAGCAGAAUUGUCGAAGGAGGAAUUGUGCACGAAAAUAAAAAGCCUGAAACAAAAGCUAACUAACACCCGGAAAGAAAACAGUCGACUUCGACAGUCUUUGGUCAUGCUUCAAGUGUUACCCCAGGCAGUCACCCAGUUUGAGGAACUGGUUGGCAUGGCGGAGGCCCUGCUUAAAGGUGGAGGAACCAUGUCAACGUCUGCGUCCACCCUCUGGAGAGCCACAAACAACUCCUCACCAGAUUCCUUUGCCUCAACGUGCAGUAAUUCUAAUUCUAACUCCAGUUCGCCAAUUUCCUUGAAAGCUGAGGAAGAGCAUCACAUCGAUGAGAAACAGUUCAAGAUUGAAAAAUGGCAGAUAGCCCGUUGUAACAAGAGCAAGCCUCAGAAGUUUAUCAAUGAUUUAAUGCAAGUGCUUUACACAAAUGAAUACAUGGCCACCCACAGCCUGACGGGGGCAAAAUCCUCUACUUCAAGGGACAAAGCCGUCAAACCAGCUAUGAAUCAGAAUGAAGUUCAAGAAAUCAUAGGAGUCACAAAGCAAUUAUUUCCCAACACAGAUGAUGUUUCAAUUAGAAGAAUGAUAGGGCAAAAGCUGAACAACUGUACCAAGAAGCCAAAUUUAAGCAAAAAUCUGAACUCUCAGGAUAUUAAGUAGAUCCUUUUGGUGUUAUAGGUGCCUGAAACAAAGCAUCUGCAGUUCUAAAGCUAACAUUGGAUUUUGCUGGAGAAUCUGCAAGCGUGCUGGCAGUGAGCACAACGGGACAUAGCGGCAGGCUGAGAGAGAUCGGUAACAUCCACGGGCUCCUCUGAUGGAGCAACCAGCUUGCUGAAGAAGCUGCAUGUAGAUUCCACCCUAAAUACCAGUGAAGCAUCAAACCAGAGAAUUUCUAGCAGCCAAAUAAGCAUGCAAUAUAGUUUCUUGGAAAUAUGCAUUUUCCAUCCUUCUCUGUACACCUAACUUAACAGAAUAGUCAGAGCCCUUAUCAUAGCAACAGAAACUUCAACCCCUACGAUUCAUCAUUGUCCAACUCAGUCACUGUAUGUUUGUUAUUACCAUGCCUCCUCAUGUUAGUUUUUGGAUCUUUAGCAUAAGCACAUGUUUGGAAAAGUAAACAGUGAAAUAAUCCAUGUUCAGAAACAUGGGAGCAGCAAAGUCAGCCUCAAAUCAGAUAAUCAUAUCAAACCAAGUAAUCGUGUUUUAGCAAUAAAAUUACAGGAUUAUUCUGUUACCUAAAAAUGUAUAAAAUGGGAAUCUGAAGAAAAUGAGAGCAGCAAGACCUUUUUGUUUUAAUAUGAAACUAUUCCAUUGUACUUGAAAAAGAAAUAAACCCAAGUUUUUGUGACUGUUAAAAUAAUGCAUCAACUUUCAGAAAAAUCUUUUUUAUGUUUGUUUACAUGCUUCUUUUUAUUGCCCAAAGUAUAUUAAAUACAGAUGUGUAACAUAAAACAUCAAUAUCAUCUAAAACAUCCUGUAUAAAAUAUACCAUCCUAUGUAUCUGCUUGGUUAGAUUGCUACACUGUUUAGUUUAGUUUUGACUGAUUUGUUUUCAUAGUAUCAGAAGAAAGGAGACUUGAAAACAAAAUCAUAUGGGUUUGAUAAUCACACAAAAAGAUAAAUACUUUCUAAAUGAAUGAAAGAUAAGAAAUUCUUCAUCAAGAGGCUUCUCCUCUGAUGUCAGGUUGUCACACGUGACAACUCUGUAAUGCCAAGACAUGCUUCUUCAGUGCACAAGUCACGUUUAAACUUGGAAAAGAAGAUGCGUAUCAUAGUGAGAAAGUUCAGUACUGUGGACCCAGGGAACAUUCCAUAACUGUUGCUUGAUAACAAUGUGGUUGUAUAAAAUAAAUAUUCCUAAGGAAAUAACAUGUUAACAUUUGCUACUUUUACUUAAAU